AUGGAGCCGCGGCGGCUGCUGCUUGUCGCCGCCGGCCUCAGUCUUUGCGGGCCCCUGUUGUCUGCCGGCACCCGGGUCCGCAAGCCAGUGUCAAAAGCAACAAAUGUUACUAUAGAUCCGCGGUCAUUUCUUCUCAAGAAUCCCAACGAUAUAUAUGAACCAAUCCCACUGGGGGAAGAUGAGGAGAAAAAUGAAAGUGGGUUAACUGAAGGCAGAUUAAUCCCCAUCAAUCGAAGCAGUCCUCUUCGGAGACCACCCCCUGUGUUCAUCUCGGAAGAUGCCUCAGGAUACCUGAGCAGCCCCUGGUUGACUGUCUUUGUGCCCUCCGUUUACACCAGCGUGUUUGUAGUAAGCCUUCCUCUCAACAUCAUGGCCAUCGUUGUGUUCCUCUGGAAAAUGAAGAUCAAGAAGCCGGCUGUGGUGUACAUGUUGCACCUGGCCAUGGCAGAUGUGCUGUUCGUGUCCAUGCUGCCCUUUAAGAUCAGCUAUUACUUUUCCGGCAGUGACUGGAAAUUCGGGUCUGAAAUGUGUCGCUUCGUGACUGCAGCAUUCUACUGUAAUAUGUACGCCUCCAUCAUGCUCAUGACAGUCAUAAGCAUUGACCGGUUUCUGGCUGUGGUGUAUCCCAUCCAGUCCCUCUCCUGGCGUACUCUGGGAAGGGCGUCCUUCAUUUGUCUGGCCAUCUGGGCUAUGGCCAUGGCGGGGGUGGUGCCUCUCCUCCUCCAGGAGCAAACCACCCACGUACCGGGGCUAGGGAAAAAGAUAGAUCAUCAGAGGAUCAAUGACUCCACUGUGCCUGGGGGAAAACAAAGAUUUGGAAGUCAGCUACGGGAACACAUGUUUGCAGCACAUGUAAUAAACUUGGAAUAAAUUCUUCACUGUAGACCCCUCUUACAAGCUGAUGAAAAAUCGUAUAACUUCGUAUAAUGUAUGCUAUACGAAGUUAUUACGAACGUCCUCCUGAUCAUGCAUUACUCAUUCCUUUCUCACAGUUCCAUGACGGAGGCUGCCUACUUUGCCUACCUCCUCUGUGUCUGUGUCAGCAGCAUCAGCUGUUGCAUUGAUCCCUUGAUUUACUAUUAUGCCUCCUCUGAGUGCCAGAGGUACCUCUACAGUAUCUUAUGCUGCAAAGAAAGUUCUGAUCCCAACAGUUAUAACAGCAGUGGUCAGUUGAUGGCAAGUAAAAUGGAUACCUGCUCUAGUAACCUGAAUAAUAGCAUAUACAAAAAGCUGUUAACUUAGGAAAAGGGACUGUUGGUAGGUUUAAAAGAAAAGGUUAAAAAAGUGAAUAACCUGAGGAUUCUGUUAGUACCUGCCAAAACUAUAUUUACUUUACCACCUAAAACAACAAAUGUAUCAUUUGCAUGCCUGCUUCUUAUGAGUACCAUCAAGCAUAUAUAUUUGUUAAUUACCAGAAAAGAUAACAGGAACAGAAGACAAUGUUAUUCCAAGAGAGUGUUGUCAAUGCAACAGUAAUAACUGAAUGUCACUUUUGGAUAUGUCUAGGUGACUUUUAUAUAUAUAUAUGCAUAUGUAUAUAUAUGCAUGCACACACAUAUUAUUUGCAG